UCAAAUCCACAGUUGCCCAGUGCUGUGUAUCGCUCUGCUUCUGUAAGCUGUUUAUCCAGGAUUUCCAAAGCUGACUGCACCUGGAAGAUGAAAGGAGAAGGAGGAGGAGGCAACAGCGGCAGCCAAACUUAAUAAAUAAUUCUGACGAUUCCUGAUAUCAAAUGGAGGCCCCAGAGUGGGACCCACUGAAAAAUGACACCCUUCCGCCGACCCUGACGCCAGCUGUCCCUCCGUAUGUGAAGCUGGGCCUGACCAUUGUAUAUACUGUUUUUUAUUCACUGCUUUUUGUGUUCAUCUACGUUCAGCUCUGGCUGGUUCUUCACUACAGGCACAAGAGGUUCAGUUACCAAACUGUCUUUCUGUUUCUGUGCUUGUUUUGGGCCUCUCUUAGGACAGUGCUCUUUUCAUUUUACUUCAAAGACUUUGUUACAGCAAAUUCUCUCAGCCCCUUCAUCUUCUGGCUUCUCUAUUGCUUCCCAGUCUGCCUCCAGUUUUUCACCCUGACCCUGAUGAAUCUUUACUUCACACAGGUGAUUUUCAAAGCGAAGUCAAAAUAUUCCCCAGAGCUACUGAAAUACAGGUUGCCCCUCUACCUGGCUUCUCUUUUCAUAAGUCUCCUCUUCCUCUUGGUGAAUUUAACAUGCGCAGUACUGGUGAGGACACAGAAUUCAGAAAGAAAAGUCAUUGUCUCUGUUCGGGUGGCAAUUAAUGACACGUUGUUUGUGCUGUGUGCUGUUUCACUCUCCAUCUGCCUGUAUAAGAUCUCCAAGAUGUCUUUAGCCAACAUUUACUUGGAGUCCAAGGGCUCAUCUGUCUGUCAGGUGACAAGUAUAGGAGUGACAGUUAUACUACUUUAUACCUCACGAGCCUGUUACAACUUGUUCAUCCUAUCGUUUUCCCAAACCAAGAAAGUCAACUCUUUUGAUUAUGAUUGGUACAAUGUAUCAGAUCAGGCAGAUCUGAAAUGUCAGCUGGGAGAUGCAGGUUACAUAGUAUUCGGAGUGAUCCUUUUCAUCUGGGAGCUCUUACCUACUUCCUUGGUUGUGUAUUUCUUCCGUGUCCGAAACCCUACAAAAGAUCUAGCCAAUGCAGGAAUGGUCCCAAGCCAUGGCUUCAGUCCCAGAUCUUACUUCUUUGACAACCCUCGCAGAUAUGACAGUGAUGACGAUCUAGCGUGGAACAUUGCGCCACAGGGGGCACAGGGCAGACUACUACGACUGGAGCCAUCAGAACAACAGCUUCAUGGCUUACAUAGGAUCCCUUCAACAAGAUCCAGCACUGGACACAGACCGGCCAAGCCCUGUAUAACAUCAAUCAACUACAGCAUUCCAAGACAUUCCGAUAUUAAAACCGAUAUUCUGAAAAACAAAGCUUAGCAACUUUUCCUCACCUUUUCGGUUUUUAGAAGCAUUCCUAUGCACAGAUAAAUGAAGAACCUUGCCACGAGCUUUCCAUAGUUCAAGGAGAAGUAUAAGCUAAUGAUUUAAAGUUUGAAGACUGUUCCAAUUAAUACCUUGUUCCAAGCCAUGGUGUUUUUGGCUUUGAAUAGAGUUGUUAGAAAGUAUAAUUUAAUCAUUUUAAUGCUCAUUUUAAAAGAGCAAAUUUCAUGAAGUGAAACAGCAUAAUUAUUUUCUAAGUAUUUUUAUUUUUACACUGUGUACUAGGUUAGAAAUAUAUGAUUAUGAUGAAUAUACUGUAAACACAUGAAUGGGUUUUUCAAAUGCAUGACAGUUGCAAUUCUUACAUGCACAUAAAAGCCUGUAAGGAAAAAAUACCAACCCAAUUAAAUACUGUAUUUUCAAGUUACUGCUAGGUUCUCAGAGCACAAUUUAUUCCUUGGAUAUCACUGCUUACUCAGUGUGGCAUGAUAGUUGGAGGCUAAAAGUGAUCUGUACACCACUUUCUUCUAAUAAAGUAGGAAAACUGUAUCUUCUUAGCAGAUCUAGGGACUGUCACAGAAGAGUAAAGAUGGGCAUUUGCUCCAAGUGGAGCAUUGUGAACUGCAAAACAGCCUGAAAAUGUCUAUGUUUGAAAAAUUAAAGUUAUGUGAUCCUCUCCAUCAAUUAGAUCUAGGUAUAUUAUGUAGAAGAGUAAGUCAAAGGCCUGGCCAGGGAGAGGGAUAUAUCUAACAGUAUGUACCUGCCUAAUUAUUUAUCAAAAACCCGAGAAGUGCAGUCUGGGAAUAGAACAAGAGCAAGGAGUAUGUAAAGCAAAAAAACCUGGAGUGCACCUUUCUACAUAAUGAACAGAAGGUCAGCAAAGCUGUGCUUCAGCCUUUUAUCUUCAGGGGUAAUGUAGUGGGUUGUGGUGCAAAUGCUGGAUAAAUACCAUUUCAGGAUGCAAAAUUUGCACAGAGCAAGCAUAGAAGUAAUUAUUACUAAUCCAAGGCAAACAGAAACCCUGAAUUUACUUCAGGUCCUUUUAUUGUGCCCAGUGCUCGAUGGUGAAGAACUCUGCAGCCCUACUGUCUUUCUCCUUCCCCGUGUAAAACAAAUACUGUAACUCAAUCCACACAUCACUUGAGAAAAAUGUAGUACUUCUAGCAAUCUUUACUAG